AGCGAUAGAUGUCGUAAAUAACAAAUGAAAUACAAUCAUCAAAAGGAAAGAGAAAGAGAAAAAAAGCAGUGUAUGAUAACACUGUGGGUGUUUAAGACUCUCGUGCAUAUAUUGACAGUGGAGGCAUGGCUCAUAAUAAAGGCAGCAGAGGGCUGCAUUUAACAAUUAAUUUGAAAAUGUUUUAUAAAAUAAUUCUAAUUAAAAUGUCGAAUAAUAAAUUAUUAAAUAUGCUUGUAUAAAGAAUUCUAAUUAAAUGUCAAAUAAUAAAUUAGAGAAUAUACUUGUAUAUCUGGCAAAAAAGAAGACACGAUCAUCACAAUGUUGAAUGAUGUUGGGGCGCCCGGUGACUCAGAGGCCGUUAGAGCCGUCAGAGGCGAUGAAAAGUCCGCAGGAAAGAGCUCUAACAUGGUGAACGGUUCUGAGUCCGGUCCGGUGCUCCGGUGAUCCGCUCCGGGAGCUCCGCUCCGCCUCUGACAGCUAAGCUAGGCUAAUUCAAACGGCCCGAGCUAACGGUAACCUGCGGCCGUUAUCAGCGCUCCGUUAAUGUUACUUUCGCCCACCGGAGCGUCUCAUCCACCGACACUCACCGACUCAUCAAUAACUAUCGAUCUGCCCUCAUCGACCGACGAUCAGGCUGAUUCGGUGACCGCGCGGCCGCCACUCUGAGCUAAGCUAACAGUUAGCUUCUCCGCCAAAAUGGCGAAUAACGACGAAGACCGAACAACAACCGGGGAGCCGCCGGGAGACAGACCCACUGAGGCCGGGGCACGGAGCACCCAGCCCGGGGAGAGAGCGCAGAGCGAGGCCGGGGCACGGAGCACCCAGCCCGGGGAGAGAGCGCAGAGCGAGGCCGGGGCACGGAGCACCCAGCCCGGGGACAGUGCUUCGACGGGGCCCGGGGCCCCGCUCGCGGAGCUGCUGCAGAGCUGCCCGGAGGAGCAGAGCCUUCUGGUGGGCCCGGAGUUCCCGGGUCUGGCUCCGGGUCUGGGUCCGGACCUGGUCAACACCACCAUUAUUUACGUGCAGGCGGACGGCAGCCUGGUCGAGGGGUCCGGACUGACGGCCGAGGAGCAGCAGGUCCUGCUGGACCAGCUCACCCGACAGCAGGUGGUCCAGGUCUCUGACACAGAGGCCGCCCAACUGCUCAAGACCAUCCCGGUCCACCCCACCGCCCUGGACCCGAGCCAGCUGCAGCAGGUCAUCAACCAGGUCACCAAGUCCCAGCAACUGGUCCAGGUCCCUCAGCAACAGGUCCAGGUCCCCCACCAGCAGGUCCAAGUCCUCCAGCAGAACUUAAAGACCCCUCCUCAGAACAAUGCCUCCCAGCAGCUGAAGAGUGUGGCCCAGCAGGUGGCCCUGCAGACUGGGGGCUCGGUCCAGGUGGUCCAGAAGAAGCUGGAGCCCGUCAGGAUCCAGAUCCAGGUCCCCACUAAACAGGAGGUGAAGUCAGGCCCCGCUCCCCAGCAGCAGGUCAAAGUGUCGACCAACGGCGGCGCUCAGAUCAUCCACCUUCAGCCCGUGGUGGGUCAGCAGGGUCAGCAGUUCUUCCUGCAGCAUGGUACGGGGGACCCCCCAAUCCAGCUGCUGCUGCAGAGCCCUGCUCCUGUCGUUGGAUCUCUGCUUCCUUUGGUCCACAAGCUCACAGGCCAGACCACAUCAGCAGGCCCCACCCCCAGUCUGGCUGAGAAACCAGCAACGGCCCCAAUCAGAGUCCAGAUCCCCGCCAUCACCAAGACCCCGGCCUUCAGAGUCCAGACCCCCUCCAUUGCCAAGACCCCGGCCAUCAGAGUCCAGACGCCCUCCAUCUCCAAGACCCCGCCCACCUCUGCUGCUAAGACUGUUAGCGUCCCGCUAGCUAAAACCCCCGCUAACGGCAUGAGCAACACCACCGGCCAGAGUCCUGUUAAACCGGCUGUGGUCAUGACAGCGGCCCCCGUCCAGAUCGCCACACCUGCUGCUGUCCGAACCGUGGCCCCACCCCCCACAGCUCUGCCCACAGCAGUGAGGGACAGAGAGAGGGAGAAGGAGAAGAAGGCGAAGAGGAGGGAGAGGAAGGCAGUGAAGGUCCAGACCAGAUCCGGGCGGGUCUCCAGACCGCCAAAGUACAAAGCCAAAGACUAUAAGUUUAUAAAGACGGAGGACCUCGCCGACAGCCACCAGUCCGACUCCGACGACUACUCCGACAUGAGCGUGGAAGAGGAGGACGGCGGGAGGAAGGACGGCUUCGCCCCUGGGGCCUCCCCCUCCCUCAUCUAUAGCCACAAGUCCCGGUCCCACCGCUGCCAGACCUGCGACAAGGCCUACAUCGGCCCUGGGGGCCUGAACCGCCACUACAAACUGAACCCCAGUCACGGAGAGCCCGAACCGCCAGACAACACGCCACGCCCCCGCAGAGAUGACAGCCAGUCACAGGAGAUGACAACAGGCGCGGUCAGAGAGGAAGAGAAACCCGCCGCCGUGGCAACAAACAGAGUGGAGGGGGGCCCAGCAGCUGCUGUAGGACUGAGAGGCCUAAAUCACCGGGGCCCUGGCCGGCCUCGAGGACGGGGGAGGGGCAGGGGGCGGGGACGAGGGCGGGGACGACCGCUGGGACCGUCACCUAAGAUGACUGUGGGCCUGGUCAGUAGGCGGGGCCGUCGUGGUCGACCUCCGAAGCUCUCCGUCACCACAGUAACCACAGAGCAGCAGGUAGAGAGGAGAAGAGAGCGCCUGCAGGAGUUGGUGGAGCAGUGUGAGGAUGAGGAGCUGAUGGACAUCGUUCUUCCUCGUUUGACCAAAGUUUUGAGUCUGUGGGAGCUGCUGCUGGCAAAGGUGGAGGGUGGUGGUCCGACUCGGACCCGGUUUCCAGAUAUUUACUGUGAGUUUGAGUCUCUGCAGGCUCAGGUGAGACAGGCGGCUCAGGACUACAUCGUCAGCCCACACAGUGGAGCCAUGCCACUGGAGGUCAGAAACAUUGAGGUUGCCCGGUCUCUGGGAAUCCUGGAUGAAGUGAACCGGAUGAAGGUGGUUCCUGGAGCAUCUCCCAGCUCCGGUCCAACCAAUAAGAACGUCCGAUACAUGGAGAAUUCCAAGAUGUUGCCGCCUUCCAAGAGAUUCAAGAUGGAAAACAGCGUUCCAGUUCACCAAAACGGCAUUGAGACAACAGGUGGGUCCUCGGUAACCUCGUCUAUGAAACCCUGCUUGGUCUCAGUCUCUCCUCUGAUGGUUCCAGUGGGAUCCAAACAGCUGAUGGCUGCUGAUGACUCCGCCCCCAGCUCCUCCACUCAGACUCCGCCCCCCGACCAAGUGACACCAGGUGAGGACCAGGGGGUAGAGCCUCUGAAGACUGAUGCACAGGUAGAGCAGCCACCGGCGAGUCAAGACCAGGUCCUUAGCACCAGUGACAUCACAGCCCAGAUGAAGGUGCUGGAGAAAGCUCUGGGUUCAAGUCCUGAGGCCACGGCAGACUCAAAGACACCAGAGUCCACCCAGACACCUGAGUCCAGCUCCAUCCAGACACUUGAGUCCAGCUCCAUCCAGACACCUGAGUCCAGCUCCAGGACUCUGGUGUCCUCUCAGCUCCAGCAGAGGGCAUCCGGCUCAACGGAGCCCAAAGAGUUGCAGGAAGGUCAGGAGAUCUACAUCCAGACGGAGGGGCUGACGGUCCAGCUGGCUGAGCCCGGUUUGGACCGGAUUGUGAUUGUCAACGGGCCAGACGGGACUACCAUGCACAUCCAGACCCCAGAGGGCAUUCCCCUGGAGGCGGUGCAGGCCCUGCUGGGCAUCGAGGCUGCAGACGGAGACAAAGCUCCUCAGUAAACCCUGAACACGUACUCAGACUGAGAAGGGGGACUCGGACAGAUCCUCACACCCUCAGACCUCUUCAGGUGUUUCUGUUGAGUUGUUCCUUCAGAGUCUCACCUGCAUCAGACUCGACCAGUGGGACUCAACCAGUGGGACUCGACCAGUGGGACUCGUUCAGUCAGAAUGGUCCGGCAUACUCGAUCAGUCGGACUGGAUCACACGGACUCGUUGAGUCGGACUGGAU